AUUACUUAAAUUUAAGCAGUCCCAAUCGUAAAAUGAGAAGAACUUAAAGAUCAAGACUCAAAGACUCUGCUUCUUUCGCUGAUGUUAGUUGAUGGUUCUUCGCCAGUGCCUUUGAAGAGGAGGAGACACAUCAACAUUCAUCCAAUGGAACUUGAAUCAGCUAAGGCUAAGCUUGCAGCUGCCAAAGAGAAGUAUGGACGAGAAAUUCGUGUGUUUGAAACACCUGGACUUUCUUCAUCGUCAACUGCAGUUUCCACCACUGAGGAGACGGAUGACUUUUACGAGUUCACUGCAGAAGAUUAUUACAGACUUCUGGCAACUAAAAAGCAAGAUAAAUUCUUAAAGACACGCAAAAUCCGAGAGGCAGAAGAAGCGGCUCGCAGGUCAAAAAUUACGAAGGCUGUAAUUAGGAUCCGCUUUCCUGAUGGUCAUACACUGGAGGCCACUUUCCAUCCAUCAGAAACAAUUCAGAGCUUAGUUGAUCUUCUUAUGAAAGUGGUUGCUCGACCAGAUCUACCAUUUCAUUUAUAUACAACUCCCCCAAAGAAGGUAAUAAAAGACUUGUCGCAAGAUUUUUUUGCGGCUGGCUUUAUUCCUGGCGCUAUUGUGUAUUUUUCUUAUGAUCCACCUAAAGGUGAUGAUACUGCAGCUGUUAAUUCAGACUCAUUCCUUCAAGAAGAUAUUUUGUCUUUGAAAGAUUUGGAAAUCGUUGAUGAGCAGCCAGAGCCUGUUCAGUCUGCACCAGAACCUGUAGUAGCCUCUCCCCAUCCUUCUGUUCAAGAGCAGAAAUCUGCUGAGAAAAAGCCUGUCAAGCCAAAGUGGCUGAAAAUGUGAUGGCAUCCUGCAAGUGAGCUCCUCAUAGCUGGUUUGACUGUUUGGUCCACCUUGACUGGGGUUAUCCGCCAUCUUAAUGUGCUGAGUCUGAUUGUAGCCUUGGUUGCUGCUGAUGAACUUAAAACAUCUGCUCUCCAAAUCUUACUAUUUAUAGAAAAAUUUCAGCCAAAACUAGAAUUUGUUUCAUCUGUAAAGGGUCUAACUGCUAUGGGAAUCAGUUCUUUUCGCAACUGUUGCACAUUGUUAUUGUUAAUCUUUCUACAGUCGGUCAUGUGUGAAUAUUUAUAUGUAUCAAUGUUGUGCUUCCUUUUCUACAUGACCACCUUUUUUCAACUGCAUAAUCUGACCCAUAAGAUGUCAGUGUUCUUAUCAUUUAACUCACAAAUCCUUAGUGUAAACUCCGAAUAGUGUUUUAUAUUAA